UUAUCCAAAACAUUUAUUUUUCGUUUUAUUUUUUUGGGUUUAAUUUUAAAUAGUAUCUAUCAACCGUCAUUGUAACCGAACCCGCUCCACACAUCACGAAAGCUGGCUUUUCCUUUGCAACUAGAACGAACAACCACGCAAAGCAACAACAACGACUCCUUCCUUUCGCCAACUAAACACUCUUUCAGUGCUUUCGGUAACCUGAACGAAGCUCGAGUGUGAGGGUUUUAGUAUUGGAUUUUUGUGAUUGAUGGCUGAUACGAGACGAAACGACCACGUUUUCUCGUCGGAAGUCGGGAUUCCUUCCGGAUUGAAUCGGAUCAAAACCCCGCGAGUUUCUUUGAAGGAACAACCGAGUACAAAACUGGGCGAGUUGAACGAGUCAAGGACUUCGAAGCCUCCUUUGAAGCAGAAACAGAACUCAGUCGCUCGUGGACAAGGAAAAACAUCCGGUUUCUCUAAAGAAGUGGAACAAAAAGGAAAGAAGAUAGCACAAUGGUUUUCAUCAUAUAUUUCAAGGAAUUCCACUCAAGCCUUCAAUAAUGUUACAAAUAUUGAUGGUGGUGGCUCAGAAGUUAUGACACGUGAAAAAGAGGAAACUUCAAGGACUAAACUCGGUUACACGGAAAAUAGGUUGGAAGGAAAGCAAUCUUCAGCAGAGAGUGCAUGCUCUAACAUAGUGUCAAAAGGUCUAAAGAGUUUUUCACAUGAAUUAGGUCCUAAGGGUGGUAUUCCAUCUGCCCAUCCUCGAGCCCACAGUUACAAUGAUUUAAAGGAACUAUUGGGUUCAUUACAUUCAAGAUUUGAUGCUGCUAAAGAGGUGGUGGACACAGAGCUGGCUACUUUUGCUGGGGAUGUGAUGGAUGUUCUUCAGACCAUUGACUCCUCAUCUCCAGAGGGUCGCAAAAUGGCAGAGGAUCUUCUGUUUCUUGCUCAACAAUGUGUUGAAAUGACCUCUUCUCAGUUUCGCAUUAAGUGUGAAACAAUAGUUCAAAAUUUGACUGAAAAAAGACAGCAGUGUCAAACAGUAUUGGUGAAGUGGUUGUGCACGCGCAUGCUCUUUAUUUUGACACGCUGCACAAGGCUAUUGCAAUUUCAGAAAGAGAAAGAGCCGAUUGACAAGAAAUCUCUUAAAAAAUUUAAGAAAUGUUUAGAAAGCAUUCCUGCUGUUGAAACGAGUUGGGUUCCCACUGCUGCAGUUGCUGAUUCUCAUUCAGCUAAUGCUAUAUAUCAGGAGGCUGAUGGUGAAUACAAAUUGCAGGGAGAAAAUAAAGUGUCUUCUUUCCCUGAGCCAGCCGGACGGCAUUGUAUAACUUCUGGAAAAGAUUCCACUAUUCUUGAGAAAAUUUCACCUACACAGAGAUCUCGAUCUGAUUUUACUUCACAAGAGCAGCAAUUUUGUCAAGCUGACGGCAGUUUUCUAAGAAAUUCAGUUAACACUUCCUGUUGUAGUUCACUUCAUGAGCACAACCAUAAUUUUGAUGGUUCACAUAUUGAGCCUAAGCGAACACUAAAUGGGUCUGACUCAGUAAUCUGUAGAAUAUGUGAGGAAGCUGUUCCUAUUUCUCAUUUAGAAUCUCAUUCUUAUAUAUGUGCAUAUGCAGAUAAAUGUGCACUAAAUUGUAUAGAUGUAGAUGAACGGCUUGUAAAGCUUGCAGAAAUAUUAGAACAGAUUAUAGAGUCACGGAAUUUGAGCUCAUUUGGGAGCCCCGAGAAUUCAAGGAUGCAAAAUCUGAGCUCUGCAGUCAUAUCUGAAGGUUAUUCUCCCAAGAUAAGUGAGUGGCGAAACAAGGGUGUUGAAGGAAUGUUUGACGACAUACAUGAGAUGGAUACUGCCUGCAUAGAGGAUUCUCAUCCAUCCUCUAUUGACUUUAAGGGCCAUUUAGGCAUGAGGCUUGGAAACUAUGGAGCAUCAUCCUCAACUGGGAGCAUGACAUCUGUAUCCUCUACCAAUACUCCAAGAGCAAGUCACUUUGAUUCUUUCUGGUUGGAGCAUAACAAUCCUUCUGAACUAGAGGACAUGCAACAGAUGGUUGACCUUUCAGAUAUAGCCCGUUGUGUAGCAGGAACAGACUUGUCCAAAGAAGGGUCUCAUGAGUUUUUGCUUGCUUGCAUGCAAGACCUGCAAGAUGUUUUACAGCAUAGUAAGCUUAAAGCUCUUGUAAUUGACACUUUUGGAGGCAGGAUAGAAAAACUUCUAAGGGAGAAAUAUUUACUUGCUUGUGAAGUAACACAUAUAAAAAGUCCAACGAGUUGCAGUGAACAAAGGGAAAACUCUAGACUCUUCUCAGAUAAUACAUCUCAAAGUAGUACAGUGUCAACUCCUUUAAAUAUGUCCCACAAAGAGAGGACAACAAUAGAUGACUUUGAGAUCAUCAAACCAAUUAGCAGAGGUGCCUUUGGUAAAGUCUUUCUUGCACGCAAAAGGACAACGGGUGACUUAUUUGCAAUAAAGGUUCUCAAAAAAUUGGAUAUGAUACGUAAAAAUGAUAUUGAGCGUAUAUUAGCAGAGCGGAAUAUACUCAUAGCAGUUCGAAACCCUUUUGUGGUCCGAUUCUUUUAUUCAUUCACCUGUAGAGAUAACCUCUAUUUGGUUAUGGAAUAUCUCAAUGGUGGUGAUCUGUAUUCUUUGCUCAGAAAAGUUGGAUGCCUUGAGGAAGAAGUAGCUCGUACAUAUAUUGCAGAACUGGUUCUUGCUUUAGAGUAUCUCCAUUCCCUUGGAAUUGUACAUCGCGACUUGAAACCAGACAACAUACUGAUUGCACAUGAUGGUCACAUUAAGCUUACAGACUUUGGGCUAUCAAAAAUUGGUCUCAUAAACAACACAAUUGAGUUGUCUGGACCUGAGACAACUGGAAACACUUCAUUAGAUGCUUGUAAUCUACAAAGUCAACAAAUAGAGGGUAGAAGUCGACACUCGGCUGUUGGAACACCUGACUACCUGGCCCCUGAAAUUCUUCUUGGCACUGAGCAUGGUUAUGCUGCGGACUGGUGGUCAGUGGGGAUAAUCUUGUUUGAGUUCAUAACAGGAAUUCCACCUUUCACUGCUGAACACCCUGAGAUAAUUUUUGACAACAUUCUGAACAGAAAAAUUCCAUGGCCAUCUGUGCCUAGUGAGAUGUCCUAUGAGGCUCAAGAUCUAAUUAACAGGUUUCUUAUACAUGAUCCCAAUCAGCGGUUAGGUGCAAAUGGAUCAACUGAGGUAAAAGUGCAUCCUUUCUUCAAUGGAGUUAACUGGGAUAGUCUUGCACUGCAAAAGGCUGCCUUUAUACCACACCCUGACAGUGCAGAUGACACCAGCUAUUUUGUAUCACGUUUUCCUCAAAUUUCCAGUGGAAUCCCUGAUGAGAACGAUUGUAGUAGUUCUGAUACUGAGACUUGUGAGUCAAACUCAAAUGGUGGACUUGAGAUGGAUGAAUGUGGUGACCUAGCGGAGUUUGAUUCUUCUCCUCUUAAUCUCUCAUUGAUUAAUUUUUCUUUCAAGGCAUCUAUUGCUUUAUUUAUAGGGGUUAGAGAUGAACUGGGUUCAGCGCAAGAUCUAUCUCUACAAUGCCACCUUUGGACUCUACAUGUUGGAUUGGUGGGAGCGUUACCUUUUCAAUUUGUUGGUGAUUGUGUUGAUGUGGUUCAUUUUCUACAACAGCUCAAAAUAUGUAACUGAGUUCUUCAAGAGGCAUUUAUCCCAAGGGUGGGAGUUGCAUUGGCAUGACAGAUUGCAAUGGUGAUCCGAACGUGAAAAUUUUGAAUUAUUUGGUGGAAAUCUAAUUUGGUGUGGAUUUACAUACUACUUUGUUAGUAUGUAGUGAACUGGUGCUUGUCUCACCUGUAUUUUACACUUUUUCAUAGCUAUUCCUUGCAAAAUAUAUACAACAUUGGCACUGCUGUAGUUUUUGUUGGUAGUGUCCUAACACAAAGCUUUUGUGUUCCACUUAAUGAUGCAACAUUGUAUUUCCCUUCUCUUCAUAUGAGCUUUUAACCAGUGGUUUUACUUUUUGCUUUUGGAUGAUGUAAAUCUCAAGGGCUAACAGAGAUGAAUAUUUAUGUCUUGGUAAGUGCAUGUGAUGGUGUUGCUUCAUAUAAAAUCAUGUAUACUCAUAAUAGCUAUGAUAAGAUGAGGAUGUACUCGUAUAUACUCAUAGCUAUAAAAUCAUAAUAAUAUGAGAAGAAAAUGAACGUAGGUGAGAUAAAUAUACUUAGGUUAAUAUGUGGUAAGAUUAAAAAAAA